CAACGGUUGCUAUCUGAGGAGGGGCCUUUGAUUCUUCCUUCAGAUCACCAAAUGGCCUCCACGCUCCGGGAUCGCACGGCGGAGUUUCACUCACUGACGACCAUUCUGAAGAGGAUCGGAGGUGUAGCAUCUGUCAAUCAAGCUCAAAAUGAUCCGAAAUUGCCACCUGUUUCACUCUCUUCCAGAUCCGAAUUCAACAAGAAGGCCUCUCGAAUCGGGCUGGGCGUCCACGAAACUUCUCUGAAGAUUUCCAGGCUCGCAAAAUUGGCUAAAAGGUCGUCAAUGUUUGAUGAUCCAAUUGUCGAAAUACAGGAAUUGACUUCAUUGAUAAGGAAUGAUAUUAAAGCUCUGGAGACAGCUCUUUCAGAUCUCCAAACCCUUCAAAGCAUGGAGAUUGCUGAUGGAAAUUAUUCCGAAGAUAGAGCUGUUCAUUCAACUACUGUUUUUGAUGACCUGAAGGGCAGGCUAAUGGGAGCUACAAAAGAACUUCACAAUGUGUUAACUACAAGAACAGAGAAUAUCAAGGCUCAUGAAAACAGAAAGCAAAUAUUUUCUAAAAAUGCUUUGAAAGAGAAUCCAUUUCCGCAUCAAGCCAAAAUUGUUUCUGAACCUGCUCCAUGGUCAAGUUCAUCAAAUGCCCUCGAGAGUUCUCAACCAUUAGCAUUGCCCACCGGUGGAGUUCAAGUUGGCAACCAAUUAAGACGACGGCCAGCCGCAGACAGCGCCCCAACCCAUCAUAUGGAAGUCUCUAUGUUACAGCAGGUAGUUCCAAGGCAGGAGAAUUAUGCCCAAAGUCGAGCAGUUGCUCUUCACAACGUAGAAUCCACGAUAUCAGAACUCAGUGGGAUCUUUACACAUUUGGCCACCAUGGUUGCGCACCAAGGCGAAGUGGCUAUCAGGAUUGAUGACAACAUGGAUGAGUCGUUGGCAAAUGUUGAAGGUGCUCGCAAUUCCCUACUGAGGCAUCUGAACAGCAUAUCAUCAAAUAGGUGGCUUUUGAUCAAGAUAUUUGCCAUUAUUAUAAUUUUCCUGAUGAUCUUCAUCUUCUUUGUCGCUUGAAUUUGAUUACCGAGACACAACGAUUGACUGAUUCUGUUGCUGCUUUGGUAGCAACUAUAGUUUACUGUCAAAAUUAAAUGAUUGCCUUGGUGCAAAGAGCAAUACUUAUUUCGUAGGUGCUGUAAAUUUGAUUGGAAGAUCUGUUUUACAUUUUGUCUUUGUUCGUACCUUGUAAAGGGUAGGAUUUAAGGCACCAUAUCUUUUAUGGGUGGUUAAAAUUUUUGUCAAGUAUUUGAGUUUGUAAUUGUAAUAGUGACUGCAUCACUCAAAGCUGUAAUAUUUGAAAUAUAUAUGGAGAAGAUGAUUUUGCAUUUCUUGAUAA